AUGGUAAGCUCUAAUUGCUCCACUGAGGACUCCUUUAAAUAUACUUUAUAUGGGUGUAUUUUUAGUAUGGUGUUUGUUCUUGGCCUCAUAGCAAACUGCGUCGCUAUCUACAUUUUUACUUGUACAUUAAAAGUGCGAAACGAGACUACAACAUACAUGCUUAAUUUAGCAAUAUCGGAUCUGCUUUUUGUGUUUACCUUACCCUUCAGGAUUUAUUACUUCGUAACAAGAAACUGGCCAUUUGGAGACAUUCUCUGCAAGAUCUCCGUCACCCUCUUUUAUACAAAUAUGUACGGGAGCAUUUUAUUCCUGACUUGCAUAAGCGUAGAUCGCUUUUUAGCUAUAGUCCACCCCUUCCGAUCCAAGACUCUCCGAACCAAAAGGAACGCAAAAAUUGUCUGCGCCGCCGUAUGGAUAACCGUGUUAGCGGGCAGCACGCCGGCAAGCUUCUUCCAGUCUACAAACCGCCGUAAUAACACCGAACAAAGAACGUGCUUUGAAAACUUCUCGGAGGACACGUGGAAAACCUACCUAUCCCGGAUUGUUAUCUUCAUUGAGAUCGUUGGGUUUUUUAUUCCACUCCUCCUGAACGUCACCUGCUCUACCGUGGUCUUGCGGACCUUGCAUAAACCGCUUACGUUAAGUCGGAAUAAAUUAAGCAAGAAAAAGGUACUCAAAAUGGUUUUUGUCCAUUUGGUGAUAUUCUGCUUCUGCUUUGUGCCUUACAACAUUACCUUAAUACUUUACUCUCUUAUGAGAACACAGACCUGGAUUAAUUGCUCGGUGGUAACCGCCGUCAGGACUAUGUACCCCAUCACUCUCUGCAUCGCCGUUUCAAACUGCUGUUUCGACCCUAUAGUCUAUUACUUCACAUCGGACACCAUUCAAAAUUCUAUAAAAAAGAACCGGUCCACUAGACCCCGGGACAUCAAAUUCUCCGAAAGGCCAGUUUCGGAAAGCUUCAUUCAACACAGCCUUCAGACCAUCAAAAUGAAAAUAUUUGACAGUGACUCCACAAUAUAAACUGUAUUAAAAAGACUGUUGGGACUAAACUGGAAUUAGAAGCCUGCGUAUCUCUUCA